GUGUAAACAAAGGCCAGCGUGGAGUUAACUGCUGAGUAGGGACUGAAUUAUCUCAUGGCAGUUGUGUGGUAUGACCUUUCUAAUACCAGCCGCAUAUUAGUAGAGACAUUCGACUCUUCAUUUUGGUACCCAUGAUUCAGCUCUUGUCAAGAACUGCACUUAAGAGAUCCCGCCUCCUCCCCAUACUCAGAAGAAUCCAUACAGACUUGUAUCCAAUGGCUCACAGCAAGUUUGAGUAUGUGAAAUCUUUUGAAGAGGAAGGACAGCUUGAUCCACGGCACUGGAUUGUAAUUGGACUUGGAUUAAAAAUUGAUGAAGAACUUUAUGAUUUGCACAAGUUGGAACGACCCAAUGACCACAGCCUCACCAAGUUGUUGGAAGCAUCAGUGGAUCUUGUUAUGCAGGACUUCAAAGAAAUAGUCUUCUGUUACAGUUUUUCUCAAGAGUUUAAUUUUGUGUUCUCAAAGAAUACAACACUGUACAGGAGAAGAGGACCAAAACUUUUAACUAAUGUGUGUAGCCUUUUGUCCUCAGCCUUUGUGCACAAAUGGCCAUAUUACAUUCAGUCUUCAGCAUUAACCUUUCCACCAGUGAUAGAAGGUGCUGUUCACUUGCUGCCAGAUGACCAGAGUUUACGGGACUACAUGACCAAACGACAAAAUGUCUGCCACCAUCAAAACUUGUAUAAAACUGCAUUUUGGGGACUUGUUUCCAAAGAGGGGAUGUUGCCUGAGAAAGCUGCAGAAACUUUGAAAGGAGCAAAUGAAGGAGCAUUAAAUGAACUUUUGUUUACAAGAUGCAAUACAAAUUACAAUAAAGAAGAAAAUGUGUUCAAGAAGGGAAGUAUUGCUCUGCGUAAAAAGGUACAGAAAGCAGUUACCACUCAGAAUGGAUCCAUAAUUCAGAGAACUCAGAGCACUGUCAUUGUGAUGCAUACAGAUCUCAUCAAAGACAGCUUCUGGAGUGAAGUUUUUGUGUUAGAACAACCUACUGAGCUGAAUGCCAAACUAAGUUAUUUGAAGCAUUUCGAGAAGAAAGAAAUAUUAUUACCUCACACUUGGAUGGUGGUGAGAAUUGAUGGGAAAGCAUUUCACAAUUUUUCAGAAAAGCAUGAUUUCAAAAAACCUAAUGAUCUGAGAUCAAUUGAGUUAAUGAAUAAGGCAGCUUUUUCGGUAAUGGACAAAUUUCCUGACAUCAUAUUUUCUUAUGGUCAAAGUGAUGAGUAUUCAUUUGUCAUCCAUAGAUACUCAAAGAUGUGUAAUCGCCAAGGAAGCAAAAUCAUCUCCAGCAUUGUUAGCCUAUUUGCUGGUGUUUAUGUGUACAACUGGCAGAGUAUGUUUGGAGACAUCAAGCUGCAGUAUUGUCCAGCCUUUGAUGCUCGGGUAGUACUGUAUCCAAAUAAUUCUUGCUUAAGGGAUUAUAUCAGUUGGCGUCAGGCAGAUUGUCACAUCAAUAACAUGUACAACACUUGCUUCUGGACCUUAGUACAACAGGGACAGUGUUCUAGACAGAAUGCAGAAGAAAUAUUAUGUGGAACAUUUUCUAAGGAUAAGAGAUCAAUUCUAAUAAGCAGAUUCAACCAAAAUUAUGAUGAUGAAGAUGCCAUCUUCAGAAAAGGAACUGUCAUGUAUCGAAAAAUGGUUAAGGAAGAGUUAGACAGGUUUUCUGGUGAGCUUUCAGAGAAUAAUCACGCAGGGGAAGGCAAAGAGGAAGAGUGCAGAGAUAUUAUUGUUGGCCAUUUUGACGUAAUUAAGGAUGAAUUCUGGCAAGACAGACCGUGGCUACUUGGAGAAGAGAGGAAUGCCACAACACUAGAUGACUUUGACUGAGUUGUUAUUGUUAAUGUUGUAAGUUUUGUUAAGUACAUCAGUAAAUUUUUUAUACAACAUGA